AUGCGAGAACAAAACACUAAUUGUCAAGAUGUGCCAAGCAAUUCCUUAUUAGGCAUAGAUAGUGAAAUUAACAUAAUCGCCAAAAGUAAAGGUUUGCAGAUAGCCAACUUAAAUGUAAAUAGCUUAAUGAAACAUCUGGAUGAAAUUCGCUUAAUCCUUAACAAUAACGCCCUUGACAUUCUUGCAAUUAAUGAGUCCAAAAUUGAUAAUCAGAUUUCAAAUAAUGAGAUACAUAUUGAUGGUUUUAAUAUAAUUCGUAAAGAUCGAAAUAGGUUUGGUGGAGGUGUGGUUCUAUAUGUUCGCCAAAACAUAUCAUUCUCAGAUAGAAUAGAUCUAAUCCCUGAUAAACUUGAGAUGGUCUGCAUUGAAUUAAGUUUACCCUACAAUAAAUCACUGCUAAUAAGCACAUGGUAUAGACCAACAAAUUCUCAUAUGAAUAAAUUUGAUUACUGGGCAAUGCAAAAUGUGAUAAUGAAGAUAAGGAGCUAAUCCUCAUAGGAGAUCUAAAUUGUGAUGUCAGUAAAACUAUACCUGACCCUCACACAUGUAAGUUGCAAUUUUUAUGUUCUCUGUAUCAGAUAGACCAACUUAUUAAAGAAUCUACAAGGCUAACUCCUAAAUCAGCUACACUAAUUGAUUUAAUAUUAACAAAUAGACCAGAAAAUAUUUCCAGAUCAGGUGUCAUUCACCUGGGGAUUUCAGAUCACAGCCUUGUCUACGCUGUGAGAAAAUUUACACUACCGAAUGGAAGGCAAAAAAUUCGUCAGGUUCGUAACUUUAAAAACUUUGUCGAAAAUGAUUUCAUUCGGGAUGUGUCUCAAUUGCCUUGGGAGAUGGUCUAUCAGUUUGGAGAUCCCAAUUUAUGUUGGCAAGUCUGGAAAUCACUAUUAUUAGAUGCACUUAAUAGACAUGCCCCUCUGCGCCACAAGCGAAUAAGGAAUAACCCUGUCCCAUGGAUUAAUCCUCAAAUUAAAGAACUUAUGAGAAAAAGGGACUAUCACAAAAAAAAGGCCAUAAAAUAUGAUUCGGAGUCACAGUGGGAAUUGUAUAAAACACUACGUAAUGAAGUAAAUAUAAACAUGCGGAAAGCAAAAUCUAAGUACUUUUGUGAUAAAAUUCAGGCAAGCUCUCAAAUGGGAGACAGUAAAAGUGGAUGGGCUUGGAUAAAUUCGCUCUUAGGAAGAAAGCAUAAGAAUGCAAAUAUUAAUGAACUGAAAGUAAAUGAUGAUAUUAUUUCUGAUGAUAAAUCUAUUACUGAAACAUUAAAUGAAUAUUUUAUAAAUAUUGGAAUGAAGAUGGCUGCUGAAUCAGCAUGUCAAAGCACUGAUGCUUUAAAUGAUCAAGUAAUUUAUGAAAGUACUGUGCUUCUUCCUAAAGAAAAUUUUCACUUCGCAGAUAUUACUAUAGAUAGUGUUUCCAAACGCCUACAAAAACUAAAUGUCUCAAAAGCGACAGGUAUGGAUGGAAUACCUGCGAAUAUUUUAAAACUGACAUCAACCCUUAUUGCUCCAUCUAUAACUUUUAUAUUUAACCUAUCGAUUAGAACUGGUAUUUAUAUAGAUGAGUGGAAAUUGGCUAGAGUUAUACCAAUUUACAAAUCUGAGGAUAAGCGUAAAUGCGAAAAUUAUAGACCAAUUUCAAUUCUUCCCAUAAUAAGUAAAAUAUUUGAAGGGGAAGUUUUUACUCAAAUAUAUAGCUUUUUGAAUAAACAUGCGCUUCUGUCUAAAUUUCAAUCCGGGUUUAGACCAAAACAUGGAACCUUAGGUGCUCUUAUACAAAUGUGUGAUCAAUGGCUACAAGACAUGGAUGAAGGCAAAAUAAAUGGAGUUGUUUUUCUUGAUAUAUGUAAAGCAUUUGACUCGGUGAAUCACGAGAUAUUAUUGGAGAAGCUUAAAACCCAGUUUGGAAUUCACGACAUUGAAUUAAAAUGGUUCCAAUCAUACUUAAGGAAUAGAAAGCAAGUGUGUUCUGUUAAUGAUCAAACUUCUUCUGGAAGAACAAUAAUAUGCGGAAUUCCGCAAGGAUCCAUACUUGGUCCAUUAUUGUUUUUGCUAUAUAUUAAUGAUAUGCCUGAUAUUCUAGAAAGGACAACCCCAUGUCUUUAUGCCGACGACACUCAGAUAUCUUCCUCUUCGCAUGAUUACGAUACAUUGAUUGACAAUUUGAAUAUGGACCUUUCCAGUAUUCAUAAAUGGCUUGCUAAAAACAAACUAAAAUAUCAUAGGAAAAAAACAAAAGUCAUGUUUAUUGGAUCUACGCAUAAUCUAAAUCGUAAAAUAGGAAAUAGAGCCGUUGAGAUUAACAAAAUCCCAGUCCCACAAACCAAUACAUUUAAAUGUCUAGGUGUAAAUCUAGAUGAAAAAUUAAGUUGGGAGAAACAUAUUGAUUCUGUAUGCCAUAAGAUUAGCGCUGGAAUAGGAGCAAUUAAAAGAAUAAAACCUUAUGUUCCACACAAAACCUUACAUGAUGUCUACAAAACAUUAAUUCAGCCUCAUUUUGAUUACUGUUCUCCCCUGUGGGAUAACUGUGGUUUGGGACUUCAAGACAAAUUGCAAAAAUUCCAAAAUCGAGCAGCAAGGGUGAUUACCGGAGCUGACUACGAUGUAAGAUCGUCUGAAAUCCUAAACAAAUUAGGCUGGGAAACCCUGGCUAGGAGACGAGAACAAAACAAGCUAGUAUUGAUGUAUAAAGUCUUGGGGAACCACACUGCGCCAAACCUUAAAGAUCUUUUUUCUCGGAGAAAUGCAUCGCAGAAUAUUUAUGAUUUACGCAAUAGCGAAACUGAUCUCUCGUUAAAAAAACCGAAAACGGAAUUUCUAAAGAAAACAUUUGGAUACAGUGGAGCAAUUCUAUGGAAUAGUCUGCCGCAAGAUGUCAAGGCGGCUGAGUCAAUUACGUCAUUUAAAACAAUGGCGAAAUUGCAUUUAAGCAGAUGAUAAGCUAAUUUCUCCAGGGCCAAAUGAUGGGAGGACAAUAUAGAUUGUGGGCGGGAGGGGGUUAGUUUUGCGUGAGGGUGGGUGGGUACUUGUUUAGGGGGUGGAGGUUUGGGAGGAAGAUGAUAAUAUUUUAGGGUGGGAUUCUUACAUAUUUUGUUCCAUAUAUAAUUAACAUUUAGCUCUUUGUGUGUAUACGCCCUUCGUGGAAACCAGUUGUAAAUAAUUGUCGAGGUUAGCGUAUUGAAAUAAAGUUUUACAUACAUACAUACUCUGAGUAAAGCGUUCCUCACUCUGAGGACAGCGUUCCUCACUCCGAGGACAGCGUUCCUCACUCUGGGGACAGCGUUCCUCAAUCUGAGGACAACGUUCCUCACUCUAAGGACAGCGUUCCUCAAUCUGAGGACAGCGUUCCUCACUCUGAGGACAGCGUUCCUCACUCUGAGGACAGCGUUCCUCACUCUGAGGACAGCGUUCCUCACUCUAAGGACAGCGUUCCUCAAUCUGAGGACAGCGUUCCUCACUCUGAGGACAGCGUUCCUCACUCUGCGGACAGCGUUCCUCACUCUGAGGACAGCGUUCCUCACUCUGAAGACAACGUUCAUCACUCUCAGGACAGCGUUCCUCGCUCUGAGUAAAGCGUUCCUCACUCUGAGUAAAGCGUUCCUCACUCUGAGGACAGAGUUCCUCACUCUGAGGACAGCGUUCCUCACUCUGAGGACAGCGUUCCUCACUCGGAGUAAAGCGUUCCUCACUCUGAGUAAAGCGUUCCUAACUCUGAGGACAGCGUUCCUCACUCUGAGUAAAGCGUUCCUCACUCUGAGGACAGCGUUCCUCACUUUGAGUAAAGGGUUCCUCCCUCUGAGUAAAGCGUUCCUCGCUCUGAGUAAAGCGUUCCUCACUCUGAGGACAGCGUUCCUCACUCUGAGGACAGCGUUCCUCACUCUGAGGACAGCGUUCCUCACUCUGAGGACAGCGUUCCUCACUCUGAGGACAGCGUUCCUCACUCUGAGGACAGCGUCCCUCACUCUGAGGACAGCGUUCCUCACUCUGAGGACAGCGUUCCUCACUCUGAGGACAGCAUUCCUCACUCUGAGGACACCGUUCCUCACUCUGAGGACACCGUUCCUCACUCUGAGGACAGCGUUCCUCACUCUGAGGACAGUGUUCCUCACUCUGAGGACAGCGUUCCUCACUCUGAGGACAGCGUUCCUCAUUCUGAGGACAGCGUUCCUCACUCUGAGGACAGCGUUCCUCACUCUGAGGAAAGCGUUCCUCGCUCUGAGGACAGCGUUCCUCACUCUGAGGACAGCGUUCCUCACUCUGAGGACAGCGUUCCUCACUCUGAGGACAGCGUUCCUCACUCUGAGGACAGCGUUCCUCACUCUGAGGACAGCGUUCCUCACUCUGAGGACAGCGUUCCUCACUCUGAGGACAGCGUUCCUCACUCUGAGGACAACGUUCCUCACUCUGAGGACAGCGUUCCUCACUCUGAGGACAGCGUUCCUCACUCUGAGGACAGCGUUCCUCACACUGACGAUAGCGUUCCUCACUCUGAGGACAACGUUCCUCACUCUGACGACAGCGUUUCUCACUCUGAGAACAGCGUUCCUCACACUGAGGACCGCUUUCCUCACUCUGAGGACAGCGUUCCUCACUCUGAGUAAAGCGUUCCUCACUCUGAGUAAAGCGUUCCUCACUCUGAGAACAGCGUACCUCACUCUGAGUAAAGCGUUCCUCACUGUGAGGACAGCGUUCUUCACUCUGAGGACAGCGUUCCUCACUCCGAUGACAGCGUUCCUCACUAUGAGGACAGCGUGCCUCACUCUGAGGACAGCGUUCCUCACUCUGAGGACAGCGUUCCCCACUAUGAGGACAGCGUGCCUGACUCUGAGGACAGCGUUCCUCACUCUGAGGACAGCGUUCCUCACUCUGAAGACAGCGUCCCUCACUCUGAGGACAGCGUUCCUCACUCUGAGGACAGCGUUCCUCACUCUGAGGACAGCGUUCCUCACUCUGAAGACAGCGUUCUUCACUCUGAGGACAGCGUUCCUCUCUCUGAGUAAAGCGUUCCACACUUUGAGGAAAGCGUUCCUCACUCUUUGUAAAGCGUUCCUCACUCUGAGGACAGCGUUCCUCACACUGACGACAGCGUCCCUCACUCUGAGGACAGCGUUCCUCACUCUGAGGACAGCGUUCCUCAAUCUGAGGACAGCGGUCCUCACUCUGAGGACAGCGUUCGUCACUCUGAGGACAGCGUUCGUCACUCUGAGGACAGCGUUCCUCACUCUGAGGACAGCGUUCCUCACUCUGAGGACAGCGUUCCUCACUCUGAGGACAGCGUUCCUCACUCUGAGGACAGCGUUCCUCACUCUGAGGACAGCGUUCCUCACUCUGAGGACAGCGUUCCUCACUCAGAGGACAGCGUUCCUCACUCUGAGGACAGCGUUCCUCACUCUGAGGACAGCGUUCCUCACUCUGAGGACAGCGUUGCUCACUCUGAGGACAGCGUUCCUCACUCUGAGGACAGCGUUCCUCACUCUGAGGACAGCGUUCCUCACUCUGAGGACAGCGUUGCUCACUCUGAGAACAGCGUUCUUCACUCUGAGGACACCGUUCCUCACACUGAGGACAGCGUUCCUCACUCUGAGGACAGCGUUGCUCACUCUGAGGACAGCGUUCCUCACUCUGAGGACAGCGUUCCUCACUCUGAGGACAGCGUUCCUCACUCUGAGUAAACCGUUCCUCACUCUGAGGACAGCGUUCCUCACUCUGAGUAAAGCGUUCAUCACUCUGAGGACAGCGUUCCUCACUCUGAGGACAGCGUUCCUCACUUUGAGGAAGCGUUCCUCACACUGAGGACAGCGUUCCUCACUCUGAGGACAAUGUUCCUCACUCUGAGGACAGCGUGCCUCACUCUGAGGACAGCGUUCCUCAUUCUGAGCACAGCGUUCCUCACUUUGAGGACAGCGUUUCUCACUCUGAGGACAGCGUUCCUCACACUGAGGACAGCGUUCCUCACUCUGAGGACAGCGUUCCUCACUCUGAGUAAAGCGUUCCUCACUCUGAGUAAAGCGUUCCUCACUCUGAGAACAGCGUACCUCACUCUGAGUAAAGCGUACCUCACUCUGAGGACAGCGUUCUUCACUCUGAGGAAAGCGUUCCUCACUCCGAUGACAGCGUUCCUCACUAUGAGGACAGCGUGCCUCACUCUGAGGACAGCGUUCCUCACUCUGAGGACAGCGUUCCUCACUCUGAGGACAGCGUUCCUCACUCUGAGGACAGCGUUCCUCACUCUGAGGACAGCGUUCCUCACUCUGAGGACAGCGUUCCUCACUCUGAGUAAAGCGUUCCUCACUCUGAGGACAGCGUUCCUCACACUGAGGAGAGCGUUCCUCACUCUGAGGACAGCGUUCCUCACACUGAGGACAGCGUCCUUCACUCUGAGGACACCGUUCCUCACUCUGAGGACAGCGUUCCUCACUCUGAGGACUGCGUUCCUCACUCUGAGGACAAUGUUCCUCACUCUGAGGACAGCGUGCCUCACUCUGAGGACAGCGUUCCUCACUCUGAGGACAGCGUUCCUCACUCUGAGGACAGCGUUCCUCACUCUGAGGACAGCGUUCGUCACUAUGAGGACAGCGCUCGUCACUCUCAGGACAGCGUUCCUCACUCCGAGGACACCGUUCCUCACUCAGAGGACAGCGUUCCUCACUCUGAGGACAGCGUUCCUCACUCUGAGGACAGCGUUCCUCACUCUGAGGACAGCGUUCCUCACUCUGAGGACAGCGUUCCUCACUCUGAGGACAGCGUUCCUCACUCUGAGGACAGCGUUCAUCACUCUGAGGACAGCGUUCCUCACUCUGAGGACAGCGUUCCUCACUCUGAGGACAGCGUUCCUCACUCUGAGGACAGCGUUCCUCACUCUGAGGACAGCGUUCCUCACACUGAGGACAGCGUUCCUCACUCUGAGGACAGCGUUCCUCACUCUGAUGACAGCGUUCCUCAUUCUGAGGACAGCGUUCCUCACUCUGAGUAA